UGAGGAAUCAACAGAUGAAUCGGAGGAAGAUGAGAGUGAAGAAGAACCUAAGCUGAAGUAUGAACGGCUUUCUAAUGGAGUGACUGAAAUUCUCCAGAAGGAUGCGGCCAGCUGCAUGACAGUGCAUGAAAAGUUUUUGGCACUGGGAACACAUUAUGGCAAAGUUUAUUUACUCGAUGUACAGGGGAACAUCACACAGAAGUUUGAUGUUAGCCCAGUGAAGAUAAAUCAGAUCAGCCUGGAUGAAAGUGGAGAACACAUGGGUGUUUGCUCAGAAGAUGGCAAGGUGCAGGUGUUCGGAUUGUAUUCAGCAGAAGAGUUCCAUGAAACGUUUGACUGCCCUAUUAAAAUCGUUGCUGUUCAUCCUCACUUUGUAAGAUCCCACUUCAAGCAAUUUGUAACAGGAGGGAAAAAGUUGCUGUUAUAUGAGAGAGGCUGGAUGAAUAGAUGGAAGCCUUCAGUUUUACAUGAAGGGGAAGGAAAUAUAAGAAAUGUAAAGUGGAGAGGACACUUGAUUGCUUGGGCCAAUAAUAUGGGUGUGAAGAUACUUGACAUGAUCUCCAAGCAAAGAAUUACCAAUGUACCUCGAGAUGACAUAAGCCUUCGCCCAGAUAUGUAUCCCUGCAGCCUUUGCUGGAAGGAUAAUUUAACCCUGAUUAUUGGCUGGGGAAAUUCAGUAAAGAUUUGCUCAGUAAAAGAACGGCAUGCCAGUGAAAUGCGUGACCUUCCAAACCGCUAUGUGGAAAUAGUUUUCCAGUUUGACACCGAAUUCUAUAUCAGUGGACUUGCGCCUCUCUGCGACCAGCUUGUUAUACUUUCAUAUGUAAAGGAGAUUUCUGAAAAAACGGAAGUGGAGUGUUGUGCAAGGCCUAGACUGGAUAUUGUACAACCCCUACCUGAGUCCUGUGAAGAGAUUUCUUCUGAUGCACUAACAGUACGAGGAUUUCAGGAAAAUGAAUGCAGAGAUUAUCAUUUAGAGUAUUCGGAAGGUGAAUCACUUUUUUAUAUCAUCAGCCCAAGAGAUGUGGUUGUGGCUAAAGAGCGGGACCAAGAUGACCACAUUGACUGGCUUCUUGAAAAGAAGAAAUACGAAGAAGCUUUGAUGGCAGCUGAGAUCAGUCAGAAAACCAUAAAAAAGCACAAGAUUUUGGAUAUUGGCUUAGCCUAUAUAAAUCACCUAGUGGAGAAAGGAGAGUAUGACCUGGCUGCUCGAAAGUGCCAGAAAAUUCUUGGCAAAAACACAGAACUCUGGGAAUUUGAAGUUUACAAGUUUAAAGAAAUAGGUCAGCUCAAGGCAAUUAGUCGUUACUUGCCCAGACGGGAUCCGGUUUUGAAACCUCUGAUCUAUGAAAUGGUCCUGCAUGAAUUUUUGGAGAGUGACUAUGAGGGGUUUGCAACCCUGAUAAAAGAGUGGCCUGGAGAUCUCUACAACAACACAAUCAUAGUUCAAGCUGUAGUGGAUCACCUGAAGAAAGACCCCCAGAACAGGACUUUGCUACGAACGCUUGCAGAAUUGUAUACUUAUGACCAGCGCUAUGGCAGAGCCCUAGAAAUUUACCUAACUCUGAGGCAUAAAGACGUCUUCCAGUUGAUCCACAAGCACAAUCUUUUUAGUUCUAUCAGAGACAAAAUUGUUCUGCUCAUGGAUUUUGAUUCAGAGAAAGCAGUAGACAUGCUUUUGGAUAACGAAGAUAAAAUUUCCAUUGACAGAGUUGUUGAAGAAUUAGAGAACAGGCCUGAGCUACAGCAUGUGUAUUUGCACAAGCUUUUCAAGAGAGACCACCAUAAAGGCCAGCGAUAUCAUGAGAAGCAGAUCAGCCUUUAUGCUGAAUACGAUCGGCCAAAUUUACUACCAUUUCUCAGAGACAGCACGCACUGUCCACUGGAGAAGGCUCUUGAGAUCUGCCAACAGAGGAACUUUGUAGAAGAGACAGUCUAUCUUCUGAGCAGAAUGGGUAAUAGCCGCAGUGCCUUGAAGAUGAUAAUGGAAGAAUUGCAAGAUGUAGAUAAAGCUAUUGAAUUUGCCAAGGAACAAGAUGAUGGAGAGCUUUGGGAAGACCUCAUUUUAUAUUCUAUCGACAAACCACCUUUUAUUACUGGUUUGUUGAACAAUAUUGGAACCCAUGUUGAUCCUAUUCUUUUGAUCCACCGCAUUAAGGAAGGCAUGGAGAUUCCUAAUUUGAGAGACUCACUAGUGAAAAUUCUUCAGGACUACAACUUGCAGAUCUUGCUGCGGGAGGGUUGCAAGAAGAUACUUGUUGCCGAUUCUCUUUCUUUAUUGAAGAAAAUGCAUCGAACUCAGAUGAAGGGUGUUCUAGUAGACGAGGAGAAUAUCUGCGAAUCAUGCCUGUCUCCAAUACUUCCUUCAGAUGCAUCCAAGUCCUUCAACGUGGUAGUGUUCCACUGCAGACAUAUGUUUCACAAAGAGUGCCUCCCGGUAUCUAACACAGUAUCUCCUGUCCAGUUCUGCAACAUCUGCAGUGCCAAACACCGAGGACCGGGAAGCGCAAUCUUGGAGAUGAAGAAGUAGCAAUCCUCUAGUUCUCCAUACCAGCUCUGUUAGGACAAUGCAGAGCCACUGUGGUUUCUGUUAGUCAUUGUUUAUGUAUAUAAUUCUGAUUGUGAUUUAAAACUGGUUUCUGUAAGUUAUCCAGCUGACUGAACAUUUUCAGGAAAGAGAAAAUGUGAAGAUCUU